AUGUCCAGCUUUGUAGCUCCAGAAGUCAAAAAAUUUGUGGCUUGGGACUAUGUUGUUUUUGCAGGACUGUUUUUAGUAUGCGCUAGCAUUGGAGUCUUUUUUGCAGUUAAAGAAAGGAAAAAGAAAACUUCAAAGGAAUUUUUGGUGGGGGGUAAGCAGAUGACAUGCGGACCAAUAGCUUUCUCGCUCACAUCCAGUUUCAUGUCAGCAGUCACCGUUCUGGGGACACCUUCUGAAGUUUAUCGCUACGGAGCAUCAUUUAUUCUCUUCUUUCUUUCAUAUGCGCUUGUCAUCAUUUUUACUGCCGAACUUUUUCUACCUGUAUUUUACAGAUCUGGCAUUACAAGCACUUAUGAGUAUUUGGAGUUAAGAUUUAACAAGAUUGUCCGUCUUGCUGCAACACUGAUUUACAUCCUGCAGACGAUCCUUUACACCGGAAUAGUGGUUUAUGCUCCAUCGCUGGCACUCAACCAAGUCACCGGGUUUGAUCUCUGGGGCUCUGUAGUUGCAACAGGAAUUGUCUGCACUUUCUACUGCACUCUGGGAGGCUUAAAAGCUGUUGUCUGGACAGAUGCAUUUCAAAUGAUUGUCAUGAUCGUUGGCUUUGUGACGGUUUUGAUUCGAGGAACUACUCUGAAUGGUGGAUCGACCAAGGUCUGGGAAGAUGCCUACGAGGGAUCACGACUAAACAUAUUUGACUUUGAUGCCGACCCUUUGAGACGACAUACCUUUUGGACAAUUGUUAUCGGGGGAACAUUUACAUGGCUAGGGCUCUAUGGGGUUAAUCAGUCCACAAUCCAGAGAUGCAUUUCUUGCAAAUCGGAAAAGCACGCUAAACUGGCCCUUUACUUGAAUUUACUGGGACUGUGGACAGUUCUGGUGUGUGCAGUAUUUUGCGGUUUGGUGAUGUACUCUCAUUACAAGAGUUGUGACCCUUGGACCGCUGAUUUCAUUUCAGCACCUGAUCAGCUCAUGCCGUAUUUUGUUAUGGACAUUUUUUCUUCGAUGCCGGGAGUCCCAGGACUGUUUGUCGCCUGCGCGUUCAGUGGAACACUAAGCACAGUGGCUGCCAGCAUCAAUGCUUUAGCAACUGUUACAUUUGAAGACUUGGUCAAAAAAGGUUUCCCAAACCUCUCCGAGAAGAUGAGCACAUGGAUCAGCAAAGGCUUGUGUAUAUUAUAUGGCGUCCUGUGCACUUCCAUGGCUGCAGCAGCAUCGCUGCUGGGAGGAGUUGUGCAGGCUUCCCUCUCCAUCCACGGGAUGUGUGGGGGGCCCAUGCUGGGGUUAUUUACCCUGGGAAUCGUGUUUCCUUGUGCUAACUGGAAGGGUGCUGUCGGAGGCCUCUUAUCUGGGAUCACCUUGGCUUUUUGGGCUGGUACCGGCUCUUUCAUUUACCCUGCACCACCGACAAAGUCCAUCCCUCUGCAACUGUCAACUCUCAACUGCACGCUGGCUAACAGCACCGGCACGCUGAUGGCUGCGGCUCCCACGGCAGCUCCAGACAGGCCUUGGCUGGCAGAGACCUGGUACUCCCUGUCCUACCUGUACUUCAGUGCCAUCGGCUGUCUAGGCUGUGCCAUCACAGGGCUGUCAAUAAGCUUUAUAACAGGGCCUAAUAAGGGAGAAGAUAUCCCACCCGUGUUAAUUAAGCCGGUCUGCGACCUCUGUUGCUUCUGGUCAGCAAGACUGAGAGCCUUCCUCUGGUGCGGCGUGCGGCACGACAGCCAGGAG